UUUAUAGUUUGCGGUAGCUUUGUCAAAACCUACAGCGCACAAACCGAUUCAAGGCCCGAUUAAAGCUGGUGCUCAUAUAUACCCAGAGGUUACCUAUUUAAGCCCUAAGCGAAUUUAAAUCGUUUUAAAUUAAAACAGUGCAGAAUAUAAAGUUAUGGAUGCUAGCAGCUAUGAAACUCCACCAGCAAGCGGAAUCUUUGUCCCGCCCAUCAGUUUAAAGGAGAGAUAUUCUUUGCCGCCAUUUUUAAGCAACAGCGACGGUGCUAAGUAUAUUAAAGACCAAGUAACGAAGGUACGACGCCCGUUCCGACAGCAGUGGCCGCACAAGAAAGAAGAUACAGCGCAAACAACCACAGACAGCACCCCUUUGCACAGCGCCGCGUUCACUGAAGUAGCCCCUGCGUCAGAAACGUCAUUACCCGACAUUGAAGUAAAAGGGAACCAAAACCCAUUUCGUCAUUUCCUCUUUCCACCCAGAAAUGACGUCGAUAUUAAUCCCAGCUCUCUUGUAUCCGCUGAUGACGUCAAUAGACCGAGCGCUAACGGAAAAGUAACUUCUGCGUCGUUUACUAACUUAGCAACGGGCGAGGAAAUAAGCGAAGAUAUGCCGCUGUAUAAUCAACUUAGAGAAGGGUCUAACCAUCUUGGAAGAAGAAAGUCCAUCGCCAGCUUCAGUACUCCGCCUGAGGAUCAAAAGGGUCCAGGCAGACGGAGAACUAUUGGUGUUCCCUCGAACCGCUACACACGUAAAGGUAAAGAGAGAGAUUCAAUUCGGAAGUCAAGCUCAAGAAGUCCUUCUAAUUUUACGGGGAGUGAAAUGUUGCACAAUCUGGAAUCAGGGUCCGACCAGCAACGUUGGAAAAACAAGGCGCAUUCCCAGCCUUAUGUUAUUAACCACAAAAUGCUGCAGCGACGCUUACGAGUUGGUUAUUUAUCUCAUGAGUUUGUACGGUCACUGUACAGGAGAAACAGAAGCAUCCGAGACAGAGUUUCAAACUCGGUUCCUUAUAGGCCAAUCGACAGAUUCCGACGAAUCGUUUCAAUAAUCCGUCUUCUGAUUCGAUGUUUGGACCGCAAAGUUUCAAUGGUGUCCCAAAUCAGCCAAAUGUCAUUUGCUCUCCUUUCACGAGAGAUGACGGUCACUCGAACCUACACUGAAGGAUUGUAUUUCGACAGCUCGGAGUAUAAAGCUACCACAGAGGCAAAGCUGAAUGAAAAAGUUCGAAACAUCUUAACGAUCGUCCCUUACCGAAGAACAGAAAAGCAAGUCUCAUAUGCCUUGAAGCGUCUUCGUGCAGCAGUAGAAGAAUUUGCAGAGUUUCCAUUACGAAUGCAAGAAGCGCUGGUGAAGGUUGCUUGGUUGGACGAAUUUGAACCGAAACGUGUGAUCAUUAGGCAAGGCCACAAAGCUGAAACUUUUUAUUUCAUUAUUUCUGGAACAGCCCUUGUAACGAAGAAUCGCUUAAAUUCUUCUGGUGAUGGAUAUGUGGAAACGGUACAAAUCCUAAAGCGCGGUAAAAGCUUCGGUGAAUUGGCAAUUGUUCGACACGAACAAAGAACGAGUAACGUCGUCAGUCAAACCCAACUGACGUUAUUGACCGUGGCAAGAGAUGAAUUCAUUGAUAUUUUCAUGCACAGAAUGGACGGAGAAGAACCUGAAUUCAUUACAUUUCUAAGCAAGUUACCAGAGUUUCAGGGCUUCCCACUUUAUAAACUACCACGAAGAAAACCAGAGACCUGUGCCUUCACAUACUUUCGGGUUGGAGUUGUUAUUUGCGCGGACAGUAGCAAAAGUGACAUGAUAGUUAUUGUUAAGUCGGGUUUUUGCCGUGUGAUUAAAAAGCUCAAAGUUACAAAACCGAAUCUUCCCGGCUUGCAAAAAGCUCCUGAAAGCUUUACCUACGACAAAGCAAACCUUGAUAAUAUCAAAAAAACAAGAUUUGGGCAAAGAGCUUCCAAUAUUCUGACAUCCCCAACUUCACCUGUUUCCCUGCUUACUGGACCAAAACGUCGCAUGAUAAAUUAUGCUCAGCCAAUCAGGAGAACAAGGACUGACCUUAACCUUGCACUGUACGAGCCUAACUACAUACCAAAGCACACAUUGACAAACACCUCUCUCCCAGGUUCGCUAAAUGAGCAUAGAAAUGAAAUUUUACUUCGUCAUAUGAGGUGGCAGAAUGAGCAUCCGAUAUCUCGAGAUACUUUUGCUCUUCUAAUGACUGGGAGGGAAGAAGAAGAAGAUGACGAUGAUGAUGUUGAUAAAUUUCAACAAUAUGUUCAAAGAUCUUCAUUUGACCACUCAGAAGAUGAUUUUGGACGAAGAGAUUCACUGCAGAGUAAUUUUCGAAGCCAGAUUUUGCGGAGAAGCAGGAAAAGUUUGGCUAAUGCUUGGAUGUAUAAAGGGAAUAAAAAGGUUUCUACUGCAAGUUCUAUGCUGCCUACCCUCAAUGAAACAUUAUCAACACCUGGAUAUGAAUCUGAAGCUGCCCAAGAAAAUAAAGAAGUUUGCGUGCACAUCCAAACUCUAGGAGAAAGAGACAUAUUUGGUUUGCUUCCAAUACUCUUUGAUGCUUCAGAAGGUGCAACGUCUGUAUCCCUGGUGUCAGAAGGCUCAGAGUGCAUACUGAUCAGCAAAGAAUUUUUUCUCAAACAUUUUGACGAGGAAUUGAGAGAACGACUUGUGAGAAUGGUGCAACCUUAUCCUACUGAGGAGAAACUACAGAUGAAUAUGCAAGAACAAACGAAUUGGGAUGCCUACAAAUUCGUGACAGUUCACAAUCACAUUAUCAACCAAAUGAAAUUAAAAAACUUUGCCUCAUCCAAGGCAGGAUACGAAACUUCGCCGAGAAACAUAAAAUAUAAAUAUUUUGUACCAAGAUAAUGAAAUAAAAUA